GGAUUUCACAAUAUUAUGCACCAAACUAGUAGAAUUCUGAAUUCUGCUGUAGCUUCUUCCUACCCCCCUGCCACAGAUGGGAAGGGGUCCUUCAAGUACGCCUGGGUCAUUGACAAACUGAAGGCCGAGAGAGAAAGGGGCGUCACUAUCGAUAUUGCUCUCUGGAAGUUUGAGACAAGAAAGUUCUCUAUUACUAUAAUUGACGCCCCAGGCCACAGAGACUUCAUCAAGAACAUGAUUACUGGAACCUCCCAGGCCGACUGUGUUGUACUCAUAGUGACAGCGAGCACCGGGGAGUUUGAAGCUGGAAUAUCCAAAAAUGGCCAAACAAGGGAACAUGCUCUAAUUGGAACCCUUAAUAAAUCUCUCAAAUACGUUUUGAUUAUUAUUGUUUUCUUUCGUUUAGGAAUUGGAACGGUACCAGUGGGCAGAGUGGAGACAGGAGUCCUGAAGCCAGGACUGAUCGUUACAUUUGUACCUGCCAACAUCACCACAGAGGUAAAGACAGUGGAGAUGCACCAUGAAUCACUUUCUGAAGCCUUGCCUGGAGACAACGUUGGCUUCAAAGUCAAGAACAUCUCCGUCAAGGAGAUACGACGAGGGAACGUAACAGGAAACAGCCAGGACAACCCACCAUUCGAAGUGCAGUGUUUCGAUGCUCAGGUGAUUAUCCUGAAUCACCCGGGUCAGAUCGCUGCUGGAUACGCUCCAGUCUUGGAUUGUCACACAGCACACAUCGCAUGUAAGUUCGCGGAACUCAAAGAGAAAGUGGACCGUAGGAAUGGCAAGAAGCUGGAAGACAAUCCCAAGUUCUUGAAGUCUGGGGACGCUGGCAUCAUAAAUCUGAUACCAACUAAACCAAUGUGUGUAGAGCCAUUUGCCGAGUUUGCUCCACUCGGAAGAUUUGCAGUCCGCGACAUGCGACAGACGAUGGCCGUCGGGAUCAUCAAGGAGGUCACCAAGAAGAUAGCAAGUACGGGCAAAGUGACCAAAGCUGCCAAGAAAGCUCUUUAACCUGUACCGUUCUCA